GCAAAUGUGCAAUACCAAGAUGUCCUCCCUCACGGAUGCCUCUUCUGUCACCGCUUCGGAGCAAGAGGCGCUGGUUAGACCAAAGCCACUAUUGUUGAAGUUGCUAAAGUUAGCUGGUGCAGAAAAGGACACUUUUACUAUGAAGGAGGUAAUAUUCUAUCUUGGACAAUAUAUUAUGUCUAAACAAUUAUAUGAUGAAAAACAGCAACAUAUUGUACACUGUGCAAAUGAUCUCCUGGGGGAUUUAUUUGGAGUAACAAGCUUUUCAGUAAAAGAACACAGGAGACUAUAUUCAAUGAUUUCCAGAAAUCUGAUAGCAAUCAAUCAACAAGACUCUACGCUUACUGACACACCUGAGGAUGAUGCCAGAUUUCAGCUUGAAGAAGAAAAUGUUCUAAAGGAAUCUAUGCAAGAGUUAGAAGAGAAGCAGACUUCAUCAAACAUGACUUCCCGACCAACUACAUCUUCUAGGAGGAGAACACACAGUGAAUCUGAAGAAAAUUCUUCAGAUGAUCUGCAUAGUGACAGAAGAAAACGACACAAGUCAGACAGCAUUUCGUUGACGUUUGAUGAAAGUCUCUCAUGGUGUGUAGUCAGUGGUCUGUGCCGUGAAAGAAGCAAUAGCAGUGAUUCAACAGAUUCUCUUUCCAUUCCUGAUCUUGAUGCCAGUUCAUUAAGUGAAAACUCUGAUUGGUUUGACCACAGUUCUGUUUCAGACCAGUUCAGUGUAGAGUUUGAAGUCGAGUCUAUUUAUUCAGAAGAUUAUAGCCAUAAUGAAGAAGGACUGGAGCUCACAGAUGAAGAUGAUGAGGUGUAUCAGCUGACUAUUUACCAGGAUGAAGAUAGUGAUGCUGAUUCAUUUGAUGAAGAUCCAGAGAUUUCUCUAGCUGAUUAUUGGAAGUGCCCCGAAUGUAGCAAAAUGAAUCCUCCACUACCACGACAUUGCCACAGAUGCUGGGCCCUUCGUGAGGACUGGCUUCCAGAUGAAAAGAGCGACAAAUCGGUAAAGAGCAAAUUAGAAAGUUCCUUCCCCCUAGAGUCUGAAGAAGGUUUUGAUGUUCCUGACUGCAAGAAAGGGAAAAUGACUGAAGAUAAAGAACCAGCUGUAGAGGAGAAUGAGGAUAAAGCAGUACAAAUUUCCGAGUCCCAGGAAAGUGAAGAUUUUUCGCAGCCAUCGACAUCAAGCAGCAUGUUUUGUAGCAGUCAGGAGGACUAUAAGGAACCUGAGAAGAGAGAAGUGCAAGACAAAGAGGAAAGUAUGGAAUCCAGUCUGCCUGUAACCAGCAUAGAGCCCUGUGUCAUAUGUCAGAGCAGACCUAAAAAUGGCUGCAUUGUACAUGGCAAAACGGGACACCUCAUGUCAUGUUUUACGUGCGCAAGAAAACUUAAGAAGAGGAACAAACCCUGUCCGGUGUGCAGACAGCCCAUACAGAUGAUUGUACUAACUUAUUUUAGUUAGGUAGGUGUUGGCUGGAAAGCAGCAAAAGGAACUUCAUAAACUGGUUGAGAGUAAAACUAUUUUUGUAUGCUCACUGGAGAAAAUAUUUUGGGUCUCUACAUUUGCUAUGAAAAGUAAUUGCUGAAAUAAAUGCAAUGGAGUUGUUAAGAGGUUAGCUUAAUAUUCCUAAGUCAGCUUGAAGAUUUUAAAUUCCUCUCAGUAGAAAUAACCAAUUCCUGUAAACUACCUGACUUUCCAGGUGCUUUAUGUUCCAUACACAUUAGUGACAUUUGUUUUACUGGAUUGAAUACA